GGAGAUGUCGGCGGGGAGGACCCAGAUACAGUACUGACGUUAUUCUAGGCUGUACGCAAGAGCUAUUUCUCAUCAGAGCUGCAGUGAACUACAGAGCAAAGCAUGGGAAGGAGUAUACGUGGUGUUUCUUACGCUGAAAACCCGGCUGCCUCCACCAAACACCGACCUUUGCUCUUCAGCUGUAUUUCCUGGAGGGACUAGCUUCGGGAAAGAGAACAAGCUAGCAGGCAGUUAACGUUACAGGCUAGCUUCGCAGCGGAGCUAGCUUGCUAGCAAAACUGCUGCCUUAUUGUGGCCCGCAACGAACCUCCCAGCUAGCAUCCGUCGCAUGCACAGAAAGAAAACAUGGUGUACCUGUUAAAUCCUAUAGAGAACCUGAGAAGCUACAUCAACAACCGUCCACCGCUGGUCAUUUUUAUGAUCAGCGUCAGUGCAGUAGCCAUCGCUUUCCUGACCAUCGGUUAUUUCUUCAAGAUUAAGGAGAUCAAGUCUCCAGAGUUGACAGAGGACUGGAACACCUUCCUGCUGCGUUUCAACGAGCUGGACUUUUGUGUGUCAGAGAAUGAAACAAUAAAGCACGGUCUGAACGAGUCGACCACACCUGAGAGCAUGGUCGUGACCAGCGGCCAAGCUCGCUCCAGCACCCAGGUUCCCCUCCUGCUUGAGGACUCGGGCCCCAUCAACAUCUCAGUCCCCAUCACCCUCACGCUGGACCCCCAGCGCCCGUUUGGAGGGUAUUCUCGCAAUAUCACUCACCUGUAUGCCACAGUGCUGGGGCAGCAAGUUGGUCUAUCUGGCCGGGAAGCCCAUGAAGAAAUAAACAUCACUUUCACCCUGCCUGUAUCCUGGAACUCCGACGAGUGUGUGCUGCACGGCCACUGCGAGCAGGUGGUGUUCAGCACUUGCAUGACCAUCACAGCGGCCAGCAAUAUCUUCCCAGUCACAGUGCAGCCGCCACACUGCGUGCCGGAGACGUACACCAAUGCCACAUCUUGGUACAAAGUGUUCACCACAGUCCGCGACUCAGAUACCAAGUACAGUCAGGACUACAACCCCUUCUGGUGUUACAAAGGAGCCAUCGGCAAAGUGUACCACGCACUCAACCCAAAGCUUACUGUCAUCGUUCCUGAUGAUGACCGUUCCCUCAUCAACCUGCACCUGAUGCACACAAGCUACUUCCUGUUUGUCAUGGUCAUUACUAUGUUCUGCUAUGCAGUCAUCAAGGGGCGACCUGGCAAAGUACGACAAACCAACCCUGACUUCUGUCCUGAGAAGGUACAUCAGACACCAGCAGUGCUAUAUGACGAGAACAGGUGGCGUUGUCAGAGGGUUAAAAAGACAUCAGAAAGCUAUGUCAGAACUUACCUGUAACAUGGACAGACUCAAAGAAACAGAAGAAAUAUAAAUAAACAUACCAGUUGCCUAGUGAACCCUGGAAAUACAAUAAGGGACACAAAAGCUCUGUGAAUGCAUUACUCUUGCAAUGUUGGGUUUUUCCAACCAAAGAUAUACAAGUGCCUGUAUCUGUCGUGUAAAUAUUUGUAGGAACUCUGAUAUUCUGUGCAAAACCUUUUUUUUUUGGUUUAUUAUAAUUAUUAUUUUGCCUGAGUCCCCUUGUGCCAUGUCAGAACAUGCAGUACAUAAACAAAGCAGAAGGCCAGAUCCAAGAGCUACACAGCCAUUUUUCUAGCAGUCAUUUGGUCUCAUUUACCAGAAAAGAUAGAAAAAAAAAAGAGAAGUGUGUUACACAAAACAUUGGCAUUUAUCGCAGAUCUCAGCUAUGAGUUUUUGCUGCAAAUGUUUGGAUAUCUCAGAACCAUCUGUACACAAUGUAGUGUUAUCUCCCCUAAUGACAAAACAUGUUUGGUAACUUGUAAUAUGUUAAAGUCGACUAAAUGUGCUUGAAUACUCAGGUCGAGAUAAUUGCUUGAGGAUGAGACGCUUGUAAGACAUUUAUUCUUGAGUAUGCACUUGUCACUGCAGCUUCAACGGGGAAGGGAAUGAAUAAGCACUUUUUUCUGCACCAGUGUAAUCAUAUGUUUGAUCACAAUUCGAUAUUGCAUAAAGUCUUUUUAAAAGUAGCAUUUAGUUAACUUAAAGGUCCAGUGCGUAAGAUUUAGAGGGGUGUAUUAGCAGGAAUAAAAUAUAAUAUGCAUGUUUUCUUUAGGGUAUAAUGACCUGAAAAUAAGUAUCAGCAUCUUUUUGUUACCUUAGAAAGAGCUGUUUAUAUCUAUGUGCGGAGCAGGUCCUCGUCCACAGAGUCUGCCAUGUUGUUUGUACCGUAGCCCAGACAGGACAAACAAAAUACUGGCUCUAGAUAGGGCCAUUCAUGCUUUUGUAUUUUCAAGUCAGCCAGCGUAGUUAGCAGGCCUUCUGCAAUGAAAAUGUGGGACAGAUACAGAUUUUUCAAAGUGAAACUACUAUAUUUAGUGUUUGUACCGGUAUAAAUCACCAAGUCUGUUUGUUUCGAAGAGGAAGAGACCUCUGCAGAUAAUUUGGCCUCUGGCAAAAACCUCUUGAACAAUAAACACUGAACUGAGUGAAGUGUCAGCUGGUUGCAACCUGCAAUCCUCACCACUGGAUGUCCCUAAAUCCCUCUAAAUCUUACACAUUGGACCUUUAAUUGAACUCCCUAAUUGUAUUAGGUCUUCUCCAGAUUAAUGAUUGUUUCCCUGUUUGUCUGCAAUGUCAGUAAACGUGGAGUCAAGUAUUUAGAUGAUUGCACUGUGCACAUUAAUAUAUGAACAGAAUACAACCCCAACAGUAAAGUUAAUGAGCCCCAUUGUCUCAGCUUGUUUCCAAUUAGGCUUAUCAGUAAGUCCAUAUUAAUGGCAGUUAAAUAAGCUGUGGCACUUCCUGUGGUCUGUGUUGAAAAUUGUUUUUGUUUUUUUUACUUUAAGACAAGUAGACGUCACACUUAAAAAAUGUGAUUUUUCUGCCUUUUGUUUUCCUUCCUCCGUGGCUUCAUCACUCACCUGCCUCAUGAUUUUUUUUUUGUUUGCUGCUUGUAGCUCUGCAGCAGUUUUGUAGUUUUGGCUUCUAGACUAAAUGUUCAAUACUUCUUUGUUGCACCUGGAUGAAGCGAAACAUUAUCUUGCCUUACCUAUGGUGGACUUGCUUGCUUGAAAACAGACGGGGAGAUCAUCUUCUCUCCUUCAAACAUUAACUUGCCGGUCCCUUCUUCCACAGCCAUGCUUCUCUGUUUGUUUCUUCCAGUAUGAUGAGCCUGUGGUUUGAAAUCAAACUUGUGAUUUUUGUCCUAUUAAUGUAAAUGUCAAGUUGCCCUGGAGUCAUUAUAUUUUAGGAUGCUUUUGAUUUACUUGUGCUUUAAUUUUAAGCAAAUCAUUAUCAGUUGCACGUGUUCAAGUGUUUGCAUAGCUAGAGCACCUUUUAGAUUUCUUGCACAUUUUGUUUAUUUGCUCCUGUGAUCAUUUUUCUCCUUUUUUCCUUCUUUUUUUUGUCCAAGGUCACAUGUAAACAGUCUGAUAUUGAACUAUAUAAACCUUGUUUCAGUUGGACUCCUUCUAAAAACAAAUAUAAUUCUAUAUUAGUAUAUAAUUAUAUUUGCAUAACUCUGAUAAUAUAUUUAUAAUUAAAUCAUUUAAUUUUGAUUAUUUUGUAGUUCAACAAAAACGUGCAAAAACUUGCUUGGUGUGCGAAUGUGUUUAAGUGAGUUUGGGAAAUGUUUAGAUAAAAAAAGGCGGAUUUAGACCGUGAUUCUCUAAAGGGGUUGGGUAUUAAAGCAUGAAAUUUAAUGACAUUUCUGAAGUGCACAAGUCUAUAUUGACUUGUUUAGGCAACCUGGUUUCACUCCAAACUUGUCAACUACCUACACUUGAUCAAUGGCAUUGAUGCUUUAGUAACAGUAUGAGACAAGGUGGAUGGUGGCAUUUGUUGACUUUCCGGGCGACUAACGUGGUGUAAAGAGAGAGAAAGUCUGCAGUCUGGAUUGGUCAAACAAACUCUGGACUUUAAUGUGGAAGUCUGCUGUUAAUAUCUUGUGUGAAACCAAAAGUUAAUAGUUUCUUUAAUAAGAGUGAAGAGUGCUAGUAUGAGAAGCUCCUAUGCAAUUGGCUAAUGCUGCGUGACAUUAUAUCACGUUAGUAACAAGGUAGUUAGUAAAUAGUCUACUAUUUAAAAAAAACAUGACAUUUUUAUUUUAACCUGUUGUUACUUAAACCAAAGGAAGUAAACGUUUAAAACAUCUGCUGCCACAUACUGAUUUUUAAUUUUUGGAGCUGAAUCUUACAUUAGGAGCACUAUUAGAAUAUAUAAACUGUGCGGUUAUUCAUCGAACCACAGACUCAGAGCAUACUCUGGGCACAGAUGGAGCAGCAGAAAGUCAAGUGUAGUUAAAGUAAAACAUGAUCGUUUACCCACUUUUACUAAAACUUUGCUUUAGCUUUCUUCUCUCAUCCAUCAGUAUGAUCAGCUCUGGCAUGAUAAGCAGAUCAAUAUCCAUCCCCCAACUCCUCAAACUGCUGCUCAGGAGUUCCGCCUGAGCUGCGUUCACGGACCCACAAAAACAUCAGAAUUUUUGCCUCAUUCAGCUACCGCCUCACAGAUUUCUAAUUAUGUGGGAAACACUGGACAGUGUGCACCUAACAAGGAGAAACUGCAAAUUUCGUGUGAUAACGGAAGUUUAUUUUGAAAAGGCACAAUGCAUGUAACACGCGUAAAUGGACACGCUGUCCCUGAAUGUCCAGAACUGAUGCUGGAGGGGUACUGAGCACAUUAUAUUUUGAUAAGACAGGCCACUGACAAAGUGUCGGUAUUAGACAUACUAGGAGUGAGAAUGUGUCGGUUUGGGAACAUGAAUAAAACAAGCGCACCUCCCCUGACUUACUGCAAGUUUUUGUACAUUUUCAUUUAAAUUGUUGUGACUCAUUGUGUUGUGCUGAAACCGACUGUAGCUUUAAGGAUGAAAUUCAUGCUCUUUAAGGUUCUGAGGGCAUGGCUGACUUUGACAAUCAUUUUUUUUAAUUGUACUGAACACAUAUUUGGUUUGCAAACUGCUCUCAUUAGAUUAGGUGAAGAUUGUUGUUUAUGUUAAAAAUUUUGAGCCACCAACAACUAUCUAUUGUGUUGUUUGGACACAAAUAUGAAAUCUAUUAGUUACCAAAUGUGUCCGAUCUUUGCUUCGAGAAGUUGCGGUGUUAAAUCCAAACCUUCCCAGAGAAUGAAACACAGUCUAAGUCCGCCUUUAAUGUCUGUUAUGUACGACUUUUCUUCAAUAGCAAUUACUGAUACAUUUUACUUACCUCUGUUAUAAUUUUGUUCCAUAAUUGAUGUACCUGUUGAAUGUACUUUUUUAUAUAAGCAGCAUAAUCGAAAUCUGAGAUGCAAGAAUUCCAAGUGAUUUUAAUCUAUGAUGUAGUUUUUUUUUUUCAGUUUUAAAGGCUUUACUUGAAUUGUGUUUUUUGUUUCGAGUGGUAUUCAUAUAUAAUAAGGUUUAUCCUUUUGUGGCAGAAAUGAAUCUCUUGUCACGUUAUUGUAUCAAACACUUUGUACAUUUACUGUUUGAUUUUGUGUGUGUUGGCGAACGAGUGGAAGGUGUGAUACCUUUUUCUUUCCAUAUUGAAUGAUGCUAUAGGAUAAGUCUUCCUAAUUCUGAUGUGUAUCAUAUUUGAGCAUGGAUCUGCUGCUUCUACUCUCAUCACUAUCUCCUGUGAUUUCAUGGUGGGACUCAUGCUUUUUCUUUUUUGGAAGAUCUGGCAGCUCUUAUUGGACGGUUAUGUUGGAUGGGAAGUGGGGGAGGUUUGGCAGAGUGUUUGUGAGUGAACGAAGCUUGCCAUAUUUUUGCCAAACCAUCAGUUAAUGUUGGUGACUUGCAUUUACCUGCUUCUUAUCCCUCCUUACGUUGUUCAUCUUUGGUUAAAAUUGCAUCUCUGUAAUUGCAAAAUGCCUUAACAUUGUACAGUUUCAUUUAAGUUUUCUUUCUUUCACAUAUCAUAUAUUGUAAAACACACCAGCUUUACAGAAAAUCCAAGCAAUGCUCAUUUUAUCACUUCUGAGCUACAUGAGGCUCACAUAACCGUGCUUGUUAAGUGUACAUUUAGAGGGUUUUAAAAAGGAGCAGAUGCUUGCUGUUGUAGUGUUUAAACUACUCCACUAUAUCACUGAGGAGUGGAGUAAAAACAGAGGAGCCAUGUUCUCCUAGGUUGCGUCAUCUCACAGUGCUCUCGGCUUGGCAUAAAGCAAAACACACGAGUCUCCGAUAUAAGGCUGCCAUUUCACCUUGUUAUCCUUUCUGUCAUGUUCGCAGCGCUUACAGGCAAGUAUUAAGCCAACUCUGUGCCUUCUGCACUACCGAGCUGCAUCCUCCUCCCUGUACAUACAGUAGAUAGGACCAUAGGUUUAAUGUGGCUAGGACGUCAUUCAAAUCCUUUUUCCUCUCCAGUGGAACUGCUGUAAAUGAAUUCAAGUUUAAAUAAACUGUCUCUAAAGUUCAA